AACACAUUUGACAGUUCUCGCUCUGGAGAAACGAAUGUUUGUUUUGAUCGUCCAUUACAAAAAAAAGAAAAACACAAGUGCGCAUUAUAACAUUACUGUUAACUCUAUUCGCGUUUACUUGGAAAUAUUCAUCAAUUUACAUCAUCAUCCAUCGUUUCGUUAUCGUUUUGUGCUGCACAUUUCAUCAGAGGCAAUGGCAACGAAGGAUGGAGUUGAUUUUCAGCACCACCUUUACUACUACGUGAUCGGGCUAGUUCAUAAUACGUACGACUACUCCAUACUCUAUGAAGGAAACGUAGGAAGGAAUCAAGGAACGUACAAAGCAUUGGACGAUGUGAUCUUGAAAAUCCACCUUGACCGAGAACGGGAGCACAAUGAAGGACUCUACUUGUUCCAGGCAAAACAACGGAUGGACGAGUCAUUAACGCUAUCUAUUCAGGACAUGCUGCAUCAUAAAGUCAAGAUUUCGAAAUACAUAGAUUCCUACGUCCAAUACAGCAAAUCAGAAGCAUGCAGUCGAGACGGUAAACCCACUGAAAUGAUAUACUGGACGUCGGACGGUUUGCACUCAACUACAUUGGCAUUCAUGGAGGAACAUACCAGCAAAGAACCACAUUUGAAGCUCACGAUAGACACCAUCAGGAAAUAUUCGAUAAAACAGUGGAAAGCUCUGCUUAUGUUUGAUACGGCUCAGAAGCUGGCUAACCACUGCACGCUAUCAAAACAAGAUGUGUCUAAACCGCAAACGUAUCUGUCCAAAUCGAUGGCACAAUCAUUUGCUCACGAAAUCAUUGAGAUGAUGGAACCAACAGCUAAAUCGGAACAAACUGAACAACCAAUAGUGAAGUUUCGUGAACAGUUUCUACAAGGCAGCACGAGUCUGUCGGAAAAUGCAAAACAAUUUCGGUUAAGUUUUAUCAUCGCAUGUCAAAUGCAACAUAAAAAUCCCAAUACCAAAUUUGACCUAAGCAGUUUAAGGACGGUCACAUUUUCGACUGACGCUUUUCAAAUCCAAAAUCUCAAUGCUGAGUCCGCUGAACAGUGUGGAUUCCAGUACAAUGGCUUGGAGGAAGAUGAAUUAAACUGGUUUUUCGAACAUUUUAUAUUUUACGUAAAUGUACCGAAAAACGAAAAAAUGAUCACAGCUAUUAACAAUCUGUUUCGCAACCAAUGGGACGAACACAUGUUUCACAAAUACUUGAUAAAGGACCGCCCAGAGACAAAAAAAGAUAAAAAGCUACAACAAGUGAAAGCCUUGGUAGAGUCGAUAAUGAAGAUGAAAGAGCUUAAAAGCAAACUAGUCGUGAUUCCGCCCAAAGGUAUAGAUUUUAAAAAGGAAAGUCUCGACAAACUAUGCUCAGGAAUCGAGGCGUAUUUUCAGAAAGGCCCAAAUGAGCUUACCAUCUUAUCGAGACCGAAAGUCGAAUGGACGGCAGCACGGAUACAAUCUAAAUAUGAAAAACAUGCAGUAGUUGUUAGUAAUGCAAUGGAAAUGAAAUAUUUGCUUGACACACUGAACCGUAUUAAGAAUGUUGAGUUCGGAGACUGCCUUAUUAGUGGAGAAGUAAAAUAUAUCUUACUUCUACAAGUACCCAUCAGUGCUGAAAAAGAUUCGAAAAUGAUGCUCGAAUUAGUACCGAAUGUAAAAUUGAUACUGAUUGUUGAAGGUAACACUCUUCAAACGUCGUUAUCCUCGCCUUUAAUAACAGAUGAUGUUGUGCUUGACGAUGUGAUUGUAAAUUAUGAACACCUCGAGUUGAAACGUGUAAGUUUUGACGCGAAGAAUAUGACUCUUUCCAACUGCAUAAGGAAAAAAUCCAUUGAUAGUAGUGAGAAGCUGGCGGAAUUGAGUAUACUUAAAAAUAUCGUAGUUAAAUCGGAUUUUUACGAACAUAACGAGCAAAACUACAUCGAGCGUAGCCUGAUAAGAGAUGGGGGAAAGAUUGUGACCCACAGCGAGCUGAUCCUCAAUGAAGGAUGUGCUGUAUCUAUUAUUUGUGACACAGCUGGCCAAGGAAAGACCAUUGAGCUAUUACGGAUCGCUAAAAUAGCACACGGUAUUGAGAGUAGAAUAUGUCUGUACAUACGAGCGAAAACAAUAGCCAAGAGUGUUGUUACCCAAGCUGAACAACCGUCUUCGCUCGAAGGAUUGCAAUUAAUGCAAACAUUGUUAUACAUUACACCGCGAAGCGCUUUGAUUGACGACAUCGUCAAUCAAUGUUUAGCUACAGCCCAAGUAUGCUUUUUGAUCGAUGGGUUUGAUGAGAUAGUGGAGACGUAUCAAACACUAGUCAUCAAAUUUCUGCAAAAGAUUCUGCAGUGCCAAUCCUGUUUGUUGAUCAUAGCUACAAGAAAUGAAUCGGUUCCAAUUUUACGAAAAGCUUUCAAGAACGCUUCCUACUAUAAUUUGGCAACGUUUCCGUAUGAAAAAUAUUUUAAACAACUUUGGCUUAGUGAUGCAAAUCCUGACAUGAUCUCUCCGGAAGUACAACGGAAUGUAGACAUUUUUAUUUCCAAUUUUGAUCAACUAUUGAAAGGAGUCGGAUGCAAAUCAUUCCUAGAAGUGCCUCAGUUGUGCAAAAUCAUGGGUAUUAUAUAUCAAGACCGCAUUCGGAAGCCAAACAUUCAGUGGCAUACAAAUUAUGAAAUUGGCUCCAUCUACAAUACUUUUCUGCAAAGCCAGUUUGAGAAUACACUGCGCGGAAAGUUUGAUGAAAUGGACAAGCUACACGUACUGGCUAAAGAACUGAUACAAAAAGAAUUUUACGCGAAACAUUCACAGUUGGCGUGCGAGCUUGAAUAUAAUUGUUGCAAUAAUCCCAAGCAGUACGAGCAGAUGGCACAUUUUGGCUUAAUAAUGAUUCAGCUCGAUGCUUCGGAGUGUGUCGACUUUAUGCAUCGCACGGUGAUGGAAUAUUUUCUGGUGCGGAAUUGCUUAUUAGAUGAUGUCGAUAGAGAAAUGUUUUUUAACUUUCUUCGGCGCUAUUUCUGCGUCUCGCGGGCAAACAUUGCGGAUAAAUUUAUUGACUUUUUCCUUCACGAUUUGAAAUGUCUUACGUCGCACAAAAAGCACAUCAUUAGUUCAUACCUUUAUAGCAGCUCUAAUAUUCUUGCAACGUGCAUCAGAAUGGCGUUAAACAAUGCCACUUUCAAUACGUUGCGGAUGCUGCUGUCGGUCGCUCCUAAGGAGUUGCUCCGAAGCGUACAUUUCCGCUUUGGAGGUAUCAACAAUCCGCAAGGCAAUCAAUUUGACGAGAAGAAUGAAAUCAAUCUAAAACGGCUCGGAGAAAGGCAGACGAUUCUGUUACUAGAGACGCUUAAAGAAUGCGACGAUGAAUACGAUGAUGCUGAUAAUGACAGUGAUGAUGAGAAUGAGGACCGAAGCAUACUGCAACGCAUGUUAUUUGAAACCAACCCUGACGAAGAAGAUACACUGGAGGUAGCUCUAAGAAAACCGUUCCCGGAGGUAUUCGAUUGGUUUGUAGCGUACUGCACGGAACAUUUCAGCUUGGAUAUUCAGCGCUACCUAACUGCGCGAAUUCCAAGAUAUGCGCGAACAAUUAUCAGACACUGUUAUGCGGAGAAUAAGGAAAAGAUUAUUGAUAAGCUUAUACAGCUGUGUGCAGCCACGCCACGCAGAGACUUCGUUCGAGAUUGCUUUCAAAGUUUCGAUUUACUUGGGGAACUUAUUAACAGUAUUGAAAGUGUACCGCAAGGGAAACAAUUCAAAGAAGCUGAUCGUUUAGAUUUAACACAGAAAGUUAUCUCAUUGCUGGAUUUAUAUCAAGAUAAUGAAAUGCUGCUUCUAUUUAAAGAGCAGUCCAAACAACGAGUAGAACACUUACAAAAUGAGACUAUAAGAUCAUGCAUAAAUCACUGGAUUGAUAAAUAAUCUUUUGAGCCUUUAUAUUUCUUCUUAUUUAUUAUUUUUAUAUAUAACAAUCGUCAAAUAAAAGGUCAAAUCGUGCCUAAACUA